AUGGGCCGCCAAGCUAGUGCUGCACGAAAUGACCUCGAGCAUAUGCUAUCUCAUGAAAACGAGCUGCCAAAGGCCUUGACAUUAUCACUUUUGGAAGACAUUACAGAUGGUUUCUCUAAGAACCAUCAAAUUGGCAGCGGUGGGUUUGCAGUGGUUUACAAGGGAGUGCUUGAGAAUGGGACUGUUGCUGUGAAGAAGUUGCUUGAAAGUCUUGAUAUUCCUGAUAAUAAAUUCAAUGAAGAAAUUCGUUGUUUGAUGAGAGUAAAGCACAACAACAUAGUCCGGUUUUUGGGAUAUUGUGCUAACAUACAAGGCCAAAUGGAAAACUACAAUGGAGAUUUUGUCAUGGCAGAUAUACGUCAAAGGUUGCUUUGCUUUGAGUAUGUACCUAAAGGAAGUCUUCAUGAGUAUAUCAAAGAUACAUCUUCUAGACUUGACUGGAUAAAGAGUUAUCAGAUAAUAAAGGGUAUUUGUGAAGGUUUACAUUACCUUCACCAGAAUUGCAUUGUUCACUUAGAUCUCAAGCCAGCAAAUAUUCUGUUGGAUGACAAUAUGACACCAAAAAUUGUUGACUUUGGUCUGUCAAGGUGCUUCGAUGAAAAGCAAAGCCAAGCUAUUACCGAAAAUAUGGCUGGAACAUUGGGGUAUAUGGCACCAGAAUUUCAUAGAGGAGACAAAUGCAUGAUCACAUACAAAUCGGACAUAUAUAGUCUUGGUGUCAUAAUUAUAGAGAUGCUUACAGGAAAGAAGUGGUAUCCAGGAUAUCCUGAUGUUGAUAAUGUAAGAACAAUAUCGACUGUUUCAUGA